AUGAAUGGUGUAGUCAUCGAGAUACUGACCAAAGCGCUUGAAAAGAUCAAGCAGAAGAUCCAAGAAUUGUCCAGGGUUAAACUCAGGUCUUUGUUAUACAACCGGGCUAAGUCGCGUAAGAUCAAGAAAGUCGGAGGUGGCAGGUUCGUGGACAGCCUGGAUGAUGUCCGGAAGCUGAUGGAAGACAGGAAGAAGUCUCCGGUCUUCCGUAGUACCAGAAGAGCAGAGAAACACAUACCCAUUUGUUACUUGCUGUUCUCUCACUGCCGAUGGCCCAAGAAAUCCCAUUGUCAACCCCUUCUUUCGUACGAUCGAAUCUUCCGCAACAACAACAGCCCCGUUAACCUUACCCCUAAGGCAACUGACUCACCCGAAUCCCUUGAAUCAAAUCGAUCUUCGAAUCGAAUUGAUCCAAGACUCACCUCCGUGAAUCGAUCGAUCUUCCCGCGACCCUACCUCUUCUCCGUACUAGUACCUCUUCCUCCGUACGGAUCGAACGACAGCCUCUAUCAUCAAGAAGGACUUCACGAGAUACCUGCAGUGACCACUGAGAAGAGAAUUACACCUGUAUUCUUACUUUCUCACCGGCCACUAGUGGUUUCUCCCGACGUCCUUGUUGGAACUGAUACCUCCUGCUACUGUUCCCACUCCCCCAUUGAUAUCUAA